CGUCUCUCUCUCUCUCUCUCUCUCUUUCUCUCCCCUCAAAUCGGUCCCUCCCCGAUCCCGUUCUGGUCUUCUACUUCGAGAAGCGAGGCCAACUUCGAUCGUGAGCUCCAGAAUUCUCCAAGAAUUAUUGACAAUGCGGAAUUCUGAGAAUUUUCUCGGACAUGGUGCUUGAGAUUGCUGGUGACUUCAUGAUCCUACGACGUUGUGUUCGCGAUGACUGAUGAUCAGGUCACUUAGCUGACGUCGAUCUCGGGGAAGCAUAGCAAUCAUUCAGUUUCACGAGAUAUUUUGUUGGAAUCAGUCAGUUGGAAAUUAUUGUUUUGUAUAAUAGAUAUUUUUUUGGAGUUCGUUGGUUUGUAUAUUAUUUUGGAGUCGAAAGAGUGGGAGCUUGGCCUUCAACUUCGUUUUGAGUAUCACGAUGUCGUCGAAGGUUGUCUAUGAAGGCUGGAUGGUGAGGUAUGGCCGGCGAAAAAUUGGCCGAUCGUUUAUUCACAUGAGAUAUUUCGUGCUCGAGCCGCGGCUGCUAGCUUAUUACAAAAGGAAGCCACAAGAUAAUCAGGUUCCUAUUAAAACAAUGUUGAUUGAUGGCAACUGUAGAGUGGAGGAUAGAGGCUUGAAGACCCAUCAUGGACAUAUGGUUUACGUUUUGUCUGUUUACAACAAGAAAGAGAAACAUCAUCGAAUUACAAUGGCAGCAUUUAACAUACAAGAGGCCCUAAUGUGGAAGGAAAAAAUUGAAUAUGUAAUUGAUCAGCAUCAGGGUGCACAGCCUUCAAAUGGUAACAAAUAUAUUUCUUUUGAGUACAAAUCGGGGAUGGAUAAUGGGAGAACAGCUUCAUCCUCUGACCAUGAAAGCCACUUCAGUGCUCCAGAAGAUGAAGAGGACACUCAUCCAAAUUUGCUAAGGAGGACAACGAUUGGAAAUGGUCCCCCAGAAUCAGUUUUGGACUGGACAAGAGAAGUAGACUCAGAUUUGUCAAAUCAGAAUAAUAACCAAGCGUUUUCAAGAAAGCAUUGGCGUCUUCUUCAAUGCCAAAAUGGACUUCGCAUUUUUGAAGAGCUUCUUGAAGUUGAUUACCUUCCAAGGACGUGUAGUAGGGCAAUGAAGGCUGUAGGUGUCGUGGAAGCAACAUGUGAAGAAAUUUUUGGGCUGGUGAUGAGCAUGGAUGGAACGCGGUUUGAGUGGGAUUGCACUUUCCAUUCUGGUAGUUUGGUUGAGGAGGUGGAUGGGCAUACUGCAAUACUUUAUCAUAGACUUCAGCUUGACUGGUUUCCAAUGUUUGUCUGGCCGCGUGAUCUUUGCUAUGUACGCUAUUGGCGCCGAAAUGACGAUGGAAGUUACGUUGUUUUGUUUCGAUCCCGAGAGCAUGAGAAUUGUGGUCCACAGCCAGGCUGGGUUCGGGCCCAUAUUGAGAGCGGUGGAUUCAAUAUUUCCCCAUUAAAACCUCGAAAUGGGAGGCCAAGGACACAAGUUCAGCAUCUUAUGCAGAUUGACUUGAAGGGAUGGGGUGUGGGUUACCUAUCUGCAUUUCAGCAGCAUUGUCUCCUUCAAAUGUUGAAUAGUGUUGCUGGUUUGCGUGAAUGGUUUGCCCAGACAGAUGAAAGAAAUGCUCCUCCUCGAAUUCCUGUUAUGGUUAAUAUGUCUUCGGCAUCCAAUAAUUUAAAGAAGGGUCAGAAAUCACAUGAUUCUUCUGCUCAUCCUGCAUCCUCCCUGGAUCUAAUGAAUGCUGCAAAUAGAAAUUCUGUCAUCAUGGAUGAAUACUCUGAUGAAGAUGAAGAUUUUCAAAUAGCAGAAUCCGAACAAGAGGCAUAUGCAAGUGGGCUAGAGAAUGACGUAAAGAAAACAGCCUUGGAAGAAGAACCGGAAGAUAAAAUCGACUUGUCAUGGUUCUCGGGUAACCUACGGCGUGAUGAUCGUGACAAUGCCCGUGACUGCUGGAAUAUUUCUGAUGGAAACAAUUUUAGAGUACGGAGCAAGCAUUUUUUCCAUGACAAGUCAAAGAUUCCUGCUGGGAAACAUCUUAUGGAUCUUGUUGCCGUUGACUGGUUCAAGGACACAAAAAGAAUGGACCACGUGGCUAGGCGUCAGGGAUGUGCUGCCCAAGUUGCAUCAGAAAAGGGACUUUUCUCUAUCGUCAUCAAUCUUCAGGUGCCUGGGUCAACACACUACAGUAUGGUAUUCUAUUUUGUGACAAAAGAGUUAGUUUCUGGAUCCCUCUUGCAACGUUUUGUUGAUGGUGAUGAUGAAUUCCGAAAUAGCAGAUUCAAACUCAUACCAUCAGUCCCAAAGGGCUCAUGGAUUGUGCGACAAAGUGUUGGGAGUACACCUUGUUUACUUGGAAAGGCAGUUGAUAUCAACUAUAUUCGUGGCCCCAAGUAUUUAGAAAUUGAUGUUGAUAUUGGAUCUUCUACUGUUGCUAAUGGAGUUUUGGGGCUUGUAGUUGGUGUAAUUACAACAUUGGUGGUCGACAUGGCAUUUCUUGUACAGGCAAAUACCACAGAUGAAUUGCCGGAGCGGCUUAUCGGUGCUGUUCGUAUUUCGCAUUUGAUGCUCUCAUCUGCCAUUGUUCCCAAACUGGAUUCUGAUCAUGAGUGACCACAAUUUUAUUAUUCUCAGGAAAUAAUUUGUUUGUACUUUGUAAGGUGCAUCUAUACCGUUUCAAUUCAAUUUUUUUACUGGGAUGUAGCUCCAGUGUUCCCUUAUUGGGUUUUCACAUGGGAUAGAAGAGGAAUUCUUUCGCCCUUUUGUUGUUCAUGUAAGUUGUAAGCUUUUUGAAAUACCGGAUUAUCUCAAUAUCUUGUUAUUUUGUGAA